AUGGUACGCCAUAGUGUGAUCGCUUUUCUCGAGACCGAGUGGCGUGGCGCAGAGCGGUUUGACCUCGGCGAAGCGAAGGAGGAAAUGGCCAAUAUCAUUGCCACAUAUCUCAACUAUGAGAUAUUCUUUAAGACGCUGUCCACGGUCAAGAGUCCAAGAGUCCAGGGAGCAGCCAUAGCCUCGGCGGUGACGAAAGCUGCUGCCCGCUCACUCGGGCAAUCACAACGGUUGGCGCUGAAGCUCCUCAGGGCAAAUGGUCGAGCCGACAGAAAUAUAGGGCCGACCCUCCUGGAGGCUCUGGGGAAUUGUAAGGCUGAGCCACCGUCAUUCUUCUAUCAGUAUGCAGAUCACGGGUGGCCGGAGCAUAUCUGGAACUUGGAUUACACCAAUCCGGCCCUUCGGCGUGCUCUUCUCAAGCUACUGACCAUGGUAGACCCGAAUAGAGUCGAUUCCAAUGGUGACACACCCCUGUCACAUGCAGCAGCGCAUGGAUUCUCUGAGGCUGUCUCGCAUCGUUUGGCGAAUGGGGCCCAGGACAUAUACGGUUCAUCUGGACUGACACCAUUUAUGCGUGCUGUUAAGGCAGACAUACUUCUGUGGCACGGGUCUUCCUAG